UGUUUCAGGAGGUGGAGGAAGGCGGGGCCAGAGACGGGCGGCCGGCGACGCGGACGGGUUGAACGUUUUACCGCCAGAUGCCAGUCUGUCACUAACCGUCAGAGGGAGAGGGUGUGCCGUGCGCUGUCCUCCGCACCUUGACACACGCACUCCUAUAAUUCACACUUUUACAGCCAUGCGGUGGCUAGUGCAUCCAGGGGUCGUUUCACUGGCCCUAAUCACCAUCUCCACUUGUUUAUCAGAGACUUACGCCAAUGCAGUGUUCGAACUCAGACUGAAAAAGUUUUCCAACCGCGACGGUCGAGAUACUGAAGGGAAUUGCUGCAGCGGCUUCAGAAACACUCAGGGCGAGUGCACAGGCACUUGUAGCACCAAGUUCCGAGUGUGUCUCAAAGUCUAUCAGGAGAUAAUCGACCCUAAAUCCCCUUGCACGUUUGGGGAGGCGAUUUCUCCCAUUCUGGGCGAGAAUGAAGUGGAUUUCAGCAAGGCGGAUUUGCAGGAUUUUGCCAAUCCCGUGCGAUUUCAGUUGGCUUCGUGGCAGGGGACUUUUUCGCUGAUCAUAGAGGCCUGGCAUGGAGAAUCGAACGGCACAGCCUCUUACGAAGGUCCUGUCCUUAUCAGUCGACUAAUGACCCAAAGAUGGCUGGAAUUAGGAGACGAUUGGGAAGAAGAUAACCACAGAACUGCUCAUUCCUCUCUGAGUUACGAGUACAGAGUCAGCUGCCAGGAGCACUACUAUGGCCAAGGCUGUCGGAAAUGGUGUCGCCCUAGGAACGAUUCCUUCGGGCAUUAUGUCUGUAAUGCCACGGGCUACUUGGUGUGUCUGGAUGGCUGGCAAGGCACCCAUGAUUACUGUAUAACUCCUAUCUGUAGGGCGGGCUGCCACCCUGCUACAGGCCAUUGUGAACAGCCGAACGAAUGCAAAUGUCACAAUGGUUGGAAGGGUCCGAACUGCGACCAGUGUGAGAAAUAUCCCGGCUGCUUGCACGGCACUUGCGAGAAGCCUUGGCAAUGUGCUUGCGACGAGGGCUGGGGCGGCCUCUUCUGCAACCAGGACCUCAACUUCUGCACCAAUCAUCGCCCGUGCAAGAACGGGGCUACGUGUUUCAACACCGCUCCUGGUUCCUAUUCGUGUCAGUGCCCACCGGGUUUCUCCGGUACGAACUGUGAGAUUAUCAACGACACCUGUGCCACUACUCCGUGUCGGAACGGUGGCACUUGUCUGGACACAGGUGAUGAUAAUUUCGUGUGCCAAUGUCCCUCUGGGUACACCGGGCAGUAUUGCGAGAUUUCCGGACAGUCUUGUGCCGAUAGACCGUGUAUGCACGGCGCAACCUGUUCCGACACCACUACAGGCUACAAAUGCCUGUGUCACGCCGGCUACGAAGGCCCGAAUUGCGAACGACCCGUUAACGAAUGCGCCUCCGAUCCGUGCCUGAAUGGUGGCUCGUGUGUUGACGAACACGAUGGCUUCGAAUGCGUGUGUCCUGUCGGCUACAGCGGUUCGCGGUGUCAGACCAACAUUGAUGACUGUUCGCACCGGCCCUGUCUCAAUGGUGGCACCUGCAUUGAUGGCAUUGAUUCCUACGUGUGCCGCUGCGUCCCUGGCUUCCUGGGGACUUUAUGCCAAACCAAUGUCGACGAUUGCAGCACGAGGCCCUGUGCUAAUGGCGGCACUUGUAUGGAUGGCAUCAAUGAUUUCCAGUGCCAAUGCAAACCCGGUUGGGCAGGCCGGCAGUGCACGGAGACUGUGCAGAUUGCGUACUCGCCCUGUGCCUCUUCGCCUUGCAGCAAUGGCGGCCAUUGCUUGGAAGCUCCGGAUCUUGCAGUGGGAUACAAGUGCUCGUGUCCCCAUGGUGUGGGCGGCCCGCGGUGCUCCAUCGACACUUCGAAGACAUCGCCGCAGACGGGAAAGGUCGUCGAACCCAUGUCACCGGCCCAGGUGGUGUUGAUCGUGGUGUUCAGUGCCGCGGUGCCAGUGCUUGUUGUAGUAUCAGUGCUGGCGAUAGUGUGCAUGAAACGCAAGCGCACGCGCGAUCGCGCGCGACAAGACGAAGAAGCCCGCCGCCAGAACGAGCAGAAUAUGGCGCAUAACGCCGUUAAUGCCGUCAAUAACAAAUGCCUGGAAGACCAUAUGAUCUUUAACUCCCUGGAUUAUCCGGCCAAACCCCUGAACACUCAGCUACAGGGACCCCACCACCAGGAGCCGGAGUACAAGAAGGUGUCCGAGAACACGUACAGCAUCGUGCCCACAAGGAGUUCCAAGACGCUCAACACCGACGUCUCGAGGUUGUCUUUGGCAGAUCGACUGGAGAAGGACCUCGAGGCUCUCACCUGUCGAGGGACUCCCACCUCGGAGUUCGGCGUCCCGUGCAAGGUCAUCCCAGAUGCACAUCUGCCUCGCACACACAGUCACAGCGAUGUGUUUAUGAAGCGAGGCGGGAGCUGUGACAUCAACACAUCAACCAACACCUUGACAUCAGCGUGUUCACCCUCGACCUGCACUACGCCCUCUAGCGUGUUCGUUAUAGAAGAACAUUACGAGAGUGAGAACUACAUUGCUACGGAGGUCUAGGGACGGGGGGCCUCUGUGAAGAUGUGGUUCCUUAAGGAGGGACUCAAGAGACACUUUUUCUGAAGUGCAUUGUGCUAGUGACGCCAAAAAAAUUGGAAAUGAGAUGAGUUACUGUGGAUAAUAUUGUGAAUGUUGUCUAAUCUUUUUUUUCCCUGUUCUAUCUUUCUUUAUAUUUUCCUUCUGUUUCUUUCCCAGACCCAGAAAUUCUCCUUUUGUAAGUCUUCAACUGUGUUAAAGUGCUUUUGUUUUGACUGUUGAAUGUUUAAACCCUUUUAUCUGUCUCUGUCUGUCUGUGUGUCUGUCUCUCUCUCUCUCUCUGUCUCUCUCUUUCUCUCUCUCUCUCUUUCUCUCUCUCUGUCUCUCUCUGUCUGUCUCUGUCUCUGUCUCUCUCUCUCUC